AUGCUGCUGCAACCGGAGCCAGAGAUAACACUGGCCCCAGGGAAAGAUCCUGCCUGCACUAUCUUCAAACUUGGUAGUCAAUAUGAAUCAAGCGUGCCAGCAUUGUCCCUCCAAUCCCCUAAAUGGGCCACGAUCAUUGCGACGCUCGGCCUAAACAGUAUGCGGAAUAAAAAGGAACAGUUUGCGGAUCGCAUCGAUCGUCUUGGGAACACCAACACCGUGCUCCUCAAGAAGAACAAAGCUAUUGCAAUGGAGACUGAUGAGUUCAAACAUGAGAUGAACGCCGCAAAUAGUUCCCUGAUGGAUGCCAUUCACUUAUCCAGCGUGAUCUGGAACGCGCCCGAUGCUGAGGCAGGCCUAUUUCCGGUAAGCGCACCCACGACCGCCCGGGACGACAUUGUCAUGCAUGUCUUGACGACACAUGGACCGUCCACGUUGAAAGUCGAUGGGCCUGGUGCACGCCGUGAAGCAGCACAAGAAAUGCGCAGAGGGGCCGCGAAUACAGCACAGAUAAUUGACCAAGGAAAAUAUACAAUGACGCUCGAGAUGAGAGUAUCAACCCCUUGA